UUAGUUCAGCUGAUCAGUUUUCCGAGCGGCCUCCAUGGAGACAGACACGGAAGAUUUCGGUGAAGCCCGUAGGGGUGACGCAGUCGCCAUACCCACCGGACAGCUGGAAGAGCUAAUCACCUGGUUCGAGUCCAAUCCCAAUCUUCCAGAGAAAAUCGAGCCCAUUGUAAUGCUUCGUUUUAUGAAGUGCCUGGAAUAUAAUGCCGAAAAAAUCAAAGCCCUGGUGGAACUGAACUAUAGUCUCCGGAAUAAGAAUCCACAUAUCUUCAUAGAACGGAGUAUAGACGACGAUAUGACAGCCAAGUGUCUAAGGGCAUCAGAUCUCCUUGUCCUGCCCGGACUAACUCCCGAGGGCAAUAAACUGGUUUUCUUUCGCAUGGUGGACAUGGAACCCAAUGCGCGCAAUUCCGUCGAGGAGACCAAGAUCUUCUACAUGAUGAGCGAUGCCCGAUUCACGUUGCCGGACGUUGAGAAGCCAAAGGAUCAGGACCAGGACCAACUGAACGAAUCGGAUAUAGCCGAUGGAGAGAUCCAGAUCGUGGACAUCGAAGGCUAUACAUUGCGGCACUUGGCCUACGUAUCGAUUUUUGUUCUGAGGAUCCACAUGAAGUUCCUGCAGGAGGCCUAUCCCAGUCGCUUGAAGACAAUGCACGUCAUCAACUGUCCCUCGUACUUGGACCGAUUGAUUUCCAUGAUGUCGCCCUUUAUAAGAGAAGAAGUUCGCAAACUAAUCAAAUACCAUACCGAUGGCCUGGAGAGUCUUUAUGAGGAGGUUCCCAGGGAUAUGCUGCCGAACGAGUAUGGCGGGAAGGCGGGAACCAUUGCCGAACUCAAGGAGAGAAACAUUCAGAUGAUGAGGGAUCAGCGGGCCUAUCUGAGGGAUGAUCGCUACUGGAAUGUAGCUUCUCAGGGAAAGAGUCGCUGGAGUUGGUUCUGAAAAUUAUUCCCAAAAGUGUGAUCGCUUUGAGGCUUUCGGUUCGAAUUUGUUUUCCAAAAAAAGUUAUGAAGAGUAUGUAAGGGAAUCUUUUAGAUAAUAUUUAUUGUGAUUGGAAAAAAAGUAGUUUUCAGUCUCUGAUUUUUUUUUUUAUGAAUAUGAUGAAUGUUUUAUUUUUUAAAUUGUAAUAAAAAUCAAUUUCUUAUUAUUUUAA